CUCAAAAUGAAGACAUACCAGCUAGUAAUAUGUCUAGCCUUGCUGCACAUCUGCAGAGGUCAGAGUGGUCGAAGAGUCGGGAAACUAGAAGAGGUAUUUGCCUGGAAGCAGAUCACCUACGACAUCAACGGUAUCAUGGUUCUUGAAGAUCGUUUUGCUGAAGAUGACUUGGUUGGACGAAAGAAGAGAUCGGCUGACUCAAUAUAUUUUGAUGAACAGAACGAUGACGAACGAACUUGGAAUGAUGGACACAUAAUUCAUGGGAACCCUAUUGAUACUCCAAGUGUUGCAGCCAUCAAUCCCAAUGAUGAAAUUGGAAGAUUCUUCAUACAAUAUAACAAUGUACCGAUGGGCGCCGAGAGAGUCGGAAAUAGAUUAUUCGUCACAAUACCUAGAAGAAGGUUUGGUAUCCCAGCAACACUAAACUACAUAGAUCUAUCAGUUUAUGGAGGCACCCGCUCGCCGCCAUUAACGCCCUACCCUGACAUGGCCAGAUCCAGAUCUUUGAUAUCCGUGUACAGGACUAGGGCUGACCAGUGUGGUAGACUCUGGACUGUCGAUACAGGCACUAUUGAGAUUCCUAAUAAUCCCCGCUACCUCCGGACUCCAGCGAUAGUGGUGUAUGACUUGAGAACAGACAGAGAGAUAUUGAGAUACGAGCUGAAGAGUUCUGAUCUCCCGGCUAACAACACACCAACUGGUCUAGCCUCAAUCACCGUAGAUAUCAAGAACGGCGAUUGUACCGACGCUUAUGCCUUCAUUUCCGACGUGGUGACAUACGGUGUCAUAGUGUUCUCUCUAAAACAGAGGGAUAGCUGGAGACAUCAGCAUAAUUACUUCCAUUUCAAUCCUACUGCUGGGAAUUUGAGAGUUGCAGGUCAAUCCUUCACCUGGAAUGACGGAGUAUUCAGUAUCGCGCUAGGCAAUGAAGGGCCUGAUGGGUGCAGAACAGCCUUCUUCCAUCCUAUGGUGAGCAGCCAGGAGUUUGCCGUGUCAGCGUGUGAGUUGGAGAGCAGGGAGGCUAACCAGACUGCUUUUAAUGUGUUAGGAGACCGUGGUGCCAACAGUCAGAGUACAAUGCACGACAUACACACUCCGAGCAACGUGAUGUUCUUCGCGGAAAUCGCUCAAAACGCCGUGUCAUGUUGGAACACUGAGAAACCUUUGAAUCGACAGAAUAUGCAGAUACUGGGUCAAGAUGGGCAGAGACUUAGUUAUCCUUCAGAUCUGCACGUGACAAACGAUGAAGUGUGGGUGACAGCGAACACUCUGCCUCGAUUCAUUUACUCACGACUGGACACCGAUCAAUAUAACUUCUUUGUAUACAGAGCGAAAGUUAACGACUUGAUAUCUGGAACUACAUGUGAAGGACGAACAAGGCCCAGCCAGGGUUACAUGCCGUCUUCUCACUACGGGAGCAGUCACUAUUAACUGACGAAUUUACGAACGAAACUAUGAAUGUAUAUC